AAGGGGCAGCGAGGGGCGCGGCCGCCGCAGCUGCGAGUGCGGGAGCGCCGGCGAGGGAGGCGGUAGCAGCAGCAGCAGGGGUAGCUUCGGACACCGGCACCAUGCGUGAGAUCGUGCACAUCCAGGCCGGGCAGUGCGGCAACCAGAUCGGCGCCAAGUUCUGGGAGGUCAUCAGCGAUGAGCAUGGCAUUGAUCCCACGGGCAGCUACCACGGGGACAGUGAGCUGCAGCUGGAGAGGAUCAACGUCUACUACAAUGAGGCUGCGGGUAAGUGCCUGCUUGCUCAGAUGUCCUCAAAUAAAUGGGGCAGCCAUGACAGUUCAUUGAGGCUGGAAAUAUCCCUGAACAAGAUCUGUCAUCUGCCAGCGACUCCUCUAAGAGACCUUUGUUCUCAGAAAGGCUCUGAUAACACGGUAGUCUUGAUUGUGACAGUGCCUCUCCAGAGAAAUGCAGGGAGGUGGAAGACCUGGUCUCUGAAUACCAGGCGAGUUUGA